GCGGGGCAGAGCGGAGCCGGGGCCGCCGCCGGCCGCCAUGGCGUCCAACAUGGACAGAGAGAUGAUCCUGGCCGACUUCCAGGUAAACGGCGGCUCGCGGGGCCGGGGGCUCGCUCUGCUUUCUCUGUCUGCCCGUUUCGGUGCCGCCGGGGCUUUGUGGGAGGAUCGCGAGCCGCUCUCCGCCGCAGCCGCUCCUUCGUUCUUUUAUCUCCCCGUCACAACACGUGCCCUCGGCUCUCGGGGGGCGCCGACGCGACGUCCCCCCUGUGCUCGGGGAGCGUCGCAUCGUGAGCCGAAAGCUCUCUGCUCCACCUCGCUUCCCCGGCCCGCGCAGGGCAGGCACGGCGGGGCGGUUCGGGCGGAGGCCGUUCCCGGCAAUGGGUGCCGGCCCGGCCGUGCCCUCCUCGCGGCAGCGCCGGCUCCGCGUGUUGUAAUGACGGAAGGACUCUCUCUCCCCUCCCCGCUCCGUACAGCAAUGUGUCUGUAUAGAAAGAACGUGCCCUUGCAGCUCGUUGCCUCCCCUCCUGCCAGCAAAAAGAGGUAACGUUUAAUUUCGAGUUCUUAAAUAUUUUUCCCGGAAUAAAGUCCUCCUCUAAGUGCGGUGGUCAGCAUUUAUUGCAGGGCCUGGUCAGGCUCUUCUGUGUACUGCUUCCUCAUGCUGCUUGUUUGCCUUAUUUCUACUUCCAAGAACAAGUAAACAAACAGGUGGGCGAUGCUGAGUUUGUAAUGGUGGGGAGAGCCUGCAGGGAGCAGCUGGUAGAGAUAGCAGAUCAUGUUUGAAUAUCUCCUUAAUAUUCGUUUUUCAAUUAACCUUCUUUUUUAAGCUUUGUCCAUUUGCAGUGCCUGAUUUUGACUGGAUAUACUCUCGGAUUGAGUUGUAAACCUGCUCUGUGUAUGUACCGUGCCUUAAAAGAGCCUCUCUCUCAGCUGUCAGCUGUAAAAUUCACAUAUUCCAUUAACCAAAAAAAUGGAAGGGAAAAACCUCCUCCCUUCCCUCCCUGUGUGUUUAACAAGAACGUUUCCUUGGAAUUAGAGGUGGUGUGACCAUGUUGUACAUUACAUAACUCCUCUUUUGCAAAAGUUAUCUGAUCUCUUCUUGAUGUAACAUGCAGAGUUCCCAGUUGAUAACAAAGAAAUGUUUUCACUUGUACAUGAAUAUAUUGCACCUGUCUUUAUUUGAACAUUUAGUGAAUGUUUUUAUAAUCAUUUAAUUUGCUGCACUUGGAGUUACUUUUGUGUAUGUGAGGAGCAAUGUCUCAAUUUUAAGGAUGGAAUCUCAUAGCUUUUCCAGUACCAAUACAUUGUAUAAAAGGAGACUAGGGCUCCAAUUCUGCAUCACUACCAAUGGAGACAGACUUUAUGGAGUCCCCCACGUUACUAGCUAAAAAGCUUUAGGUCUCUAGUGCAAGACAAUGAUUCAGUUAGUCACAGGUAAAUCUAAUAAGACUUUUUUUCUCUGUCUACUUUCCAUACCUUUAGUGGCAGUACUAUUUUGCAAUUCUGCAGCAGUUUUCUGCUUGGGUUUUGAAACCAGCUACUAAAGGUAUAAUAGCAACUGCACUGUUUGUUACUGCAAAGACAAGUAAGUAUUGUUGCAAACUUGCAGAGAGGCAGCGGAGCUGCAGGAAUUGGUUGUAUAGCAUGAGGGUGAUGUAGUUUGCACCCAGGACAUACUUUACUGUGUAAUAAUGCUUAUUUAAAAGAAUAACAUAAGGAAGCUUCCUUUUAUGUACUUGUUAAUUUCUGCUGUCAACUUUAUCUUUCUGUUACACUUUUUUUUUUUUAAUUAGUAAUUCUCAAACUUCCAUCUGAUUCUGAAACGCUGAACUGUCCGUUGUUGGACAAUGCUAAUCAUUUUUAGGCCUCAUGUCUUCCAGUUGUCAAACAUGGUGUAGGAUUUUGGGUAUUUUAAGUACACAAUGGGAUUUACAGCUCAUUCACUAAGACUUUAAAAUGGAAACUGAAACGUUAUGUACAAAGCCAUUUUUCACAAUUGUCUUUUAUUUAUCUGUAUUUUUAAAUUAAUAAAUGCAUUUCUCAGAGUCAUUUUGAUGUCUUUUAUAUUUGUGUGGGAUAUCUUGUUGAAGAAUGGUGUACACAAUGGGAAUUUUAAAAGUGAUUGUUUAUAGUUGAGCUAAUUUUUGUUGAGUGAAACUGGGAGGGAAACUUCAACACUUUACACUCAGCUUCCCCAAGUUUCUUUUAAGAAGAGUAGAGCAUUGGUCUUUGAACUUUUACAACUUGAAAGGGUUCCCCCCCAUUUAUUUAUUUUUAGGUAAGUCAUAAUCAUGCUAAUGUUUGAUUCUUUUAGCAGCAUUCAUGGGCUUAUUUUGUAUCUUUCAAAAUCAUUAAGGAUUUUUGCCAUUAGUUGAAACUAGAGUAGGAUCUUAUAUUGCAUUUGUUUGGUUUUUUUUUCCAUUUUAACUGGGGUUCUUAAACUCAGAUAUAAGUACGUACAUUGGAUACUUUUAUGAAAGACUGACUGCAAGAUAAAGCUAAAUGACCUACCAAAUAUAGUUCUUAACGUGUCUCAGAGCAAUUGAAGGCUAUUCUGUGUGAUUUGUAUUUGUUUUCUUUCCUUCUGCUGUUUUUUAGUAAGGUGGCUUCAUGCUACCUGUGGAGUACUAAGUGUGUACGUGCAGGUAGGUUGUUUAAGCAACCCAUCUGACUUUAUCCCAUUAGAUCCUCACUUAGGAAAGCUGAUACCGACGCCCGGUUUUGUGCAUGCUCAGUCUGUUUUCGGUGGAAGGAUAUGAAGUUUGGGGGAGUUGAACCCACAAACAAGUUUUAGCACUCUUCCUAAAUGCAGUUCAGAAUUUCUCCACAAAGUGUCAUUGGCAUAUAGAAAAAAUUCCACAGGAGAAAAAAACCAAACCCAAUAAAUCCUUUGAAAAGGUAACUGCAUGUGAAUUGGUGAGAGUGAUGCCACAACAUAGGUCAGAUUCUAUUACAAAUAAGGGAAUAUAAUUUCUACCAAUUUUUAUUAUCGUGUUCUUUUUCUAUUUGUUGUGUUUAACCGGGGGCAGUCCCCAGGUAGUCACUUGAGUCAUAUUAAUGAUCUAAGAAGGGAGGGCUUUGAAGAGAGUUGCUCUUACAGUGUAUUUGUUCACUUUUUACUGUAAAGAACAAACAAGUAGCAACUUCAAAUGCAGUUGUGAACUUAAUCACAACUGUUAUUUGUGCUGACCUUAAUUAAAUUAGCACAGUUAAACUGUUCAGGAAUGAAAAACAGUCUUUGGGUAUUGGCAGAAGGGUCAGAUAUGGACAUUUACAUAGACUGGUACCUUAGGAUGGGUGCUGAAGUUAACAAAAAUAUCUUUUUGUCAGUGUAAGUCAUGUCCACGCAUAGGACCGCUGCAGUCAUUCAGUGUGGUUAUUCUCGCAGUAAUUCCUAAGUGUAGAGUGGGCCGGAGGGUUGGAGCACAGUGGGAGCUGCAAUACAUGGACACCCAAGAUCUGGCAAGAGUAUCCAGCACACAAAACUUCCAUAGGAAAUUUUUCAUGGGAUCCACACUUCUCAUUGACCAGGUAAAUUAGUUCAAGGUUUGAUCUGGGUGGGAGGAUUUGGAGUGGAAUAGUGAGACUCAAAAAUCCUUACUUUCCCUGAAACAACAGGUAUCUAAUAGACUGUUUCACAGAAGAAACGAAGGUGGUGUUUUUUUUCUUUUCCAAAUUACCUUAAAAAGAAAAGCGCUGGGCAAUGGAGUGCUUUGAUGUGAUUCACAUACUCAUAUAUAAAACAUACUUAUUUUUCUUCUGAGCUUCCCCUUUUCAUCAGUCUUUUUCUCAAAGAAGAGGUUUGUGGGAGGAGCAAAGAGGGGUUGGGAAGGAAGAAUAUAAUUGCCAGAAAGGUGAGAAAGCAUGCUAGAUAAUCCAUGUUUUAAGUUAUAAAACUGAUCAUUAUGUUGGUACCUCAGCCUAGGAGUCUUUAUUUUGAAGGUUUAACCAUAAUUCAAGCUACUCUUUUCAUUCUGGAAUGGUAGAACUGAAGAAACCGCAGAGUCGCCUUCUCUUGGAAGUUAACACAGUGCUGCUAAAUAUCUGACAAGAUAUGUUUUCAAAGAUACUGUUUUUUUUUUUUUUUGUUUUGUGACUGUGGGGAACAUCAGUUUGCUUCAGCCCUGGUUAAACUUAUCUCUGUUAUGCACACAGUUUUCACUUUCUAACAGUCAACGUGCAGAAUUUGUGUGUGUUACUUUUUCUUUGCUACUGGAGUUUUGCUUUCUUCUGCAUGUAUUGUUGUGUUGCCUUAGGUCAGCUUUUGUCACCUUUUAGUUAAUGCCUGACUGAAAAGUUGAUGGGUGAAAAUAGUAGGCAGAUACAAGAACAGCUUCAAGUUAGUGCACGUGGUUCUUGCCCUGCACUGUGACUUAUGCUGGGAGCUUGAAAGAGUGUCCCAUGCAUUGUUUGUAAGGGGAAUAUAUCCACUUAGGGGUUUUGAGCCCAUAGCAAAGUUGGUAUUAUUGAUUUCUAAAAGAAAAGGUGUUGGUGUUUGGUCGUGAAGACGUUGGAGCAGAAAGGACUGUUGUUGAUUUCUGCGAAGGCUUUCUGUGAAGUAUUUGGCAAUUCACUUAGAACAUGGCCCUCAACAAAAGAUAAAUGCUGACGAGACAUCCAAGUCAAAGGUUAAAUCUUUGGAAAGUGUUCUCAAACGUAUUCUUAAAGUUCUUGGAGGCCUGUGUUUUCAUCAGGAGGGCUACCAUGGCACCUGAGUGUCUGUAUGUGUUCAGAUCUGUCUGAGUUUAAAAACUCACAGUCUUACUUACACCAAAGCCAACAGGAUUCAUUCCUUUGUGUGACCUCUGAAGAGCUUUAGCAGCAGGCACUCCCAGAGCUGAACUGAGCUCUGCAGCUCCCCAUAGCUGGAAGGAAAUGCAGUCCUGUGUAGGUUAGAAAUCAAGGUUUGGGAGAGGCAGGUUUGUUUCCUCUUUCCUUCCUACUGAGUGUCUUCAGGUACAGUGGUUUUGUCAUGUCUUGUAAUUUUGGGCAUUACACAGCCAGGAGCAGCACUGGAACUGGUAGUUGGACCUCUUGGUUUGCAAUACAUUUGGUUUUGUUUGCUGUAAGUGGCCUUAGGGGUCAAGACAUGAUGAAAGUAUAGUGCAUGCUUAGUGUAUUUUGGUUUGGUUACCUUGGUUGUCAUUGUCUGCUGCCAAGGCUGUUGCUCAUAUUUAUUUGUUCUUUGUGUUUCUCAAGAAUCAACAAUUUAACUUCUUUAGAUACUCCUAGAUUCACUUGUGACACCAAAGCUCAUAUGCACCAGCAUGAAGCUGGUUUGACUUCCUCAUCUCUUCUGGCCUUUAAACAGGAGAUGAAGUGGAUUGCAGAGUUGCAAAAUGAGAAAUUCGUGUAAGAACGAUGUCCAUUUUAUAACAUGAUAACUUGGAUAUUAUCACUGAUAGCUCUUCAAGGAGAAGCCUGCUAUGCUCUUACAUAAGGACAGAUAUUUAAUUAGAAAUACAGUCUGACAUUUAUGAAGAGGGAAGAGGAUACCAUGAUUUGCAUACAUCACAGCCUAGCUGUAAGAACCUAAAUCAUUUACUACUGGAGCACCGAUUCAUUUUUAGAAAGAGGUUUAUGCAGUUCUUUUUGUUCAAUUACCUUGGAAAGUGUCUUCACAUCACAGCAAUCACGUCACUUUUUCUGUUGGCCCAUUCGUAGCGGUAUUUGUAUUCAUAGGUCACUGAAACUGAUUGAGAGGCGAUAGCUGUAGGAUCCUUUUUCAAACGCCACAACUAGUAGUAGCUAUAAUCUGAAAGUUAUGGUAUCUACUCAUAGAGGCUAGGAAUGUGUUGUCAUUGUAAGAAAAGAGGACAUUUAUUUGGCAAAUAAAAAGUAAAAUGUGUGAGUGAUGUUUCUUGGUGCACAAGUAUCAUUUACAGUAAACAGAUUUACUGAGUUGAUACUUUUGAGUGGAAGGAGGUGUAGAAAAGAGGAGGAUGAAGAUGAGACUUGCUACAAUUCCUGACCGGUUCUGGGAAUUUCCCAUCUUAAAAGUAUCACAGUGCAGAAAGUCUGAGAUGUUCCCCUCUCUAUUAGGGCAGCUGUCAUAGUUCACUUACCAUUGCAUGCCUUGUUUUCAUGCUUUUCUUACUGCAAAAAGGAGCUAAUAGCUUGUUAAAAGAAACUGCGUAGCAUUUUUUGGGGGAUAGAAUUUGUGUUUUUGUAGUGAGUAAAUAGUUUGUGCAAUACGCAGUCAGUAGUAACAGCAUUGGAACUGGUAGUUGGGCCUCUUGGUUUGCAAUGCAAUUGCUUUUGUUUGCUGUAAGUGGCCUUAGGGAUAAGAGAUGGGAUGGAAGCAUACUGCAUGCUUAGUGUAUUUUGGUGGGGCAGCCAUUAGGUGAGUCCUUCCUUUUAACUGCUAUAAGAACUAGAAGAAGCCUAGGUGAACACCUAGCAUUUGACUUGUCCCUCAUCAUUUGGAUGAAAGGAAAUUACAUGCUUAGUGGCUUGAUUGAUACCUGCUAAUUAAGCCCAUUUUUUAGAAUUUACUGGAUAAUAUGCAGUUGUUAAAAACAAGUUGAAGACGAAACCAAAGUCCUAAUGUAUGGAUUAGAUGUUAUUUGGUCUGUCAAAGCAGUCCUGUGGUGAUCCUCUGAGUUUAACUGGCUGAGCAGGUCUUUGUUCUGUGGAAGUAGUUAUGCUUUCAGAAGAUACUUAAAACUGAAGUUUUUAAGACUUUCUGAAACCAGAGCAGAAUAGAUUAGUCCUUCAGAGCUAUUUUACAUAGGUUUCAUAUUCUACCUAUUGCAGGAAACAAUUUGUAAAGACAAGAGUUCUGGAUCUGAGUCAUCUCUAUUAUUUUUUUUUAAAGGUCAGGUUAUUUGUGUGAGCAAAUACCAAAGGUGCUGUAUCAGCUCAGACUGAAGACCCAGCCUGCUGAGUGUCUCAUCGGCAAGCAGUGGCUGGUGGCUAAUCCUUAGGAAAGGGCAGUAAGAAAUAGUAUUUGAAUGGAUUUCCCUGUUCCAGGAAGUCAGCAUUUUGAGAGUGAAAUGAUAAAUUUUUUUAGGAGAAUUUUGGAAGUGGUGUCAUUUUGAUACAGCUUUGAGUUCUUCAGCUGGCUGAGUUCUUUGGAGAUCUCUGAGUAGUUUUGUGGUAUGUAGGUUUACUUUAUAGAAGUUGUGUUCACUUUUACUCAGUAAGUACACUAACAUAUAUACAACGUACUCAUCCUAUUCUGCAUGUUUCACUGGAGUUUCUACUAUCUCUUGUGAUAUAGAAGUCAAAGUUGCCCAAAGAGCAGAAGUCUUACCCCUCUCUGGUUUCCCUCCAAUGAAAUUGACAAAAAGUUUGAUGUCCGUGCUGUAGGAAUGAAGGGGAGGUUGAACAUUUAAGACUGGUUUAAAGAAUAGUAUGUUGUUUAAAAAUAAUAAUAAUAAUAAUAAUUUGCUGAAUUUCCCUUAAAAUUUUGGAGACUGUGGUCUGAUCCUGGUGCUUUGUUCUGGGUGUCUCUACUGAUGCUUCAGGAUAAGAGUUCUCUGUAAAGAGAAGCUUUGUUAUGGGAUGAGCUUUAAGUUCCUCUGUAGUGAAAAUGAGCACACAAUUCAUCUAGCUUUUCUAUUACGUCCUUGCCUUCCAUUAAUACUUCUUCGGUAUCUUCUUUGAUCCUUCUGACCUGUCGGCAAUCUUCCUUGUCCUGAUGCUUUUAAAAGCUUAUUAAUAUUUGAUUAAAGACACAAACAUUUUUUUUUACAAUCAUUGUUGGCCCACUUUAUGGUAUGGCAUGUAUUUUACUGGGAUUUGUGUGUUCUUGUACCCUCCUAUUUUGGAUAGUAGUUCCAGGUUUUGACAGAUAUGUCCAUUCCUUGUUGUCCUGUUCUGUACCAAAAAAUAUGACUAUGGAAUGUUGAGUAAAAGACUUAUGGAUAUAUUAAAUAGGACUUAGUGCUCUUCCUUUAUGUGUUUGCCUGGAAAACUGGCUUUAUUCCUUCUUCAGUUUCUUUUUGAUUUCUAUUGAUUUAGAACUAAUGAGGAAAAAGAUAUAUGUGACUAUCCAGGAACCCAGAGUGUUUCUCUGAACCUUGUUUUCCAUAUGUAUUGUUUUCUGACAUGAUAAUGUACGUAGAGUGUUCCAAAAAUAAUGCCUACUAUUUAUUUCCACGGAAACAACAGAAGAUACCAAGAACACAAUAAAGCUAUUUGGUAGAGCAACUUCUCAUCUACAGAACACAAUUUUUCAAGGUAGUUGCCACCAUUAGUUGUACGUUUUCACUAUUAGUGAACAAGAGCUUGCAUACUGCUCUAGUAAAAAUCUGCACCAAUGGAGAUGACCCACUGUUGCCUCUGCUGAGGUGCACCACUCACCCUGCUCACAUCCACUGUUUGGUCUGUAUGAAUGCUAGUCAAGUAUCAGUGAAUGUUAGUGGGUGCCAAUUCUUUCCGUAUGGAGGAGUUCAAUGACGCACUUUUGCUUCAUAUACACUUCCAUGUCGGAUGCCCCUCUGCUGCCAUCUGUCACACGACAACAGCAUGUAAUGGGAUAUUGGUGGGAAGGUUCAACUUCUACUGCCAUACCACCAAUGUCUGCUUCUGACACUGUGGACCAACGUAAUAAAACGAGAAGCAUUACUUUUGGAGCAGUGCUUGUACACUCUGAGAGCAACUGUGAUUCAGGAAGUUCUGGUGUUUUUACUUUCACUCAGAUGCUUUUGCAGAUUAAGGAAGCACAGGAAAAAUUGUGAUAAUAUGAACGAAAACACUUUGUAGUUGGAUAGCAGUGGUUGUGAAAAAAGGACGUCUUCAGCCUUCAGAAAAGGCAGAUGGGUUUAGUAGUCCAGAGUACUAAUUAAUGAUUGCUUGGUUUUGGUUUGGCAUAGUUUUUAAUCCAGUUUGAGUACCUUUCUUUGUAUGUAGUGCAGGGAAGAUGUGGCUAAAAUGCUCAAGUGUUAGAAUGGGGCUUGUGGAACUGGGGUUCAUGUCUCAGCUCAGCUGAUGGACUUCCUAGUGUUGUGCGCCCAUGGCUUUCUGGAAGCAGAAGUUGCCAGCAGAAUCUGUAGCAAAUAUUUGAAUAUGGUUGAUGUGGUUCCAGGCUAGCUAGUUCUGCUCAGAAGUGGUUGGAGCUUCACACUAGCAGCUCAGACUUUGUACCUUGCUUUGCUUUGUUGAGAAGGCCUGCAGUCAUCUCAGCGUGGGCAAAGUUCACUCUUGUUCGCCUGGUAACUAAUAGAUAGAAAGUCUUGUGUGACCUUCAGAAAUACCACUUUUGUUACCCUCUGUUCCUUCAGUAGAAAGGGGACAAUGUUUUCUCAUUUGACGUAAUGUGGUGCUCAAGUAGUAUGAACAGUUGGGACAGGAAUUGAAAGCAUUGGGCAAAACUCGAGCAUGGCGCAGAAGCCCAGACCUUUUCUAGACUUCUGAUGCUGCAGGUGCAGGAGGAGCAUUUUCAGCAGCAGCUGCCGCCAGAUGGGGAAGUCAGCUGUUUUCCUGUGAUGUGGAGGCUUGUACUGGUAUAGAAAAUAUCGAUGAAGCUAUAACUUUGCUUGAACAAAAUAACUGGGAUUUAGUGGCAGCUAUAAAUGGUGUAAUACCACAAGAAAAUGGCAUUCUGCAAAGUGAGUACGGUGGAGAGACUUUACAAGGACCAGCAUAUGGCCCCACAAGUCAUUCUACAGCAGCUUCUUCAGCUUCUUCAUCUUCCUCAGCAUUUCGCCAUGUAGUGCCAUCUAGACAAAUAGUGGAAAGACAGCCUCGAAUGCUUGACUUCAGGGUUGAGUACAGAGACAGAAAUGUGGAUGUAGUACUUGAGGACAGCUCUACAGUUGGAGAUAUCAAACAUAUUCUAGAAAAUGAACUUCAGAUUCCUGCGUCUAAAAUGCUGUUAAAGGGGUGGAAGACUGGAGAUGUAGAUGAUAGUACUGUUUUAAAAACUCUACACUUGCCAAAAAAUAAUAGUCUUUAUGUCCUAACGCCUGAUCUGCCUCCUCCUUCUUCAAGUCAUUCUGGAGCCCUGCAGGAGUCAUUAAAUCAAAACUUCAUGCUGAUCAUCACCCAUCGAGAAGUCCAGCGGGAGUACAACCUCAACUUCUCAGGAAGCAGUACCAUUCAGGAGGUAAAACGGAAUGUGUACGACCUAACCAGUAUCCCUGUCCGUCACCAGCUGUGGGAGGGCUGGCCUCCUUCUGCCACAGAUGACUCAAUGACUCUAGCUGUAUCAGGAGUGAGCUUUCCUUGCCAUCGACUUACAGUUGGAAGAAGAUCUUCACCUGUACAAACAAGGGAACAGUCAGAGGAGCAAUGCACUGAUGUUCACAUGGUUAGUGACAGCGAUGGAGAUGACUUUGAAGAUGCUACAGAGUUUGGAGUUGAUGAUGGAGAAAUGUUUGGAGUAGCAUCAUCUGCCUUGAGGAAAUCGCCAAUGAUGCCAGAAAAUGCUGAAAAUGAAGGAGAUGCCUUAUUGCAAUUUACAGCAGAGUUUUCUUCAAGAUACGGUGAUUGCCAUCCUGUUUAUUUUAUUGGAUCAUUAGAGGCUGCUUUUCAAGAAGCCUUCUAUGGGAAAGCUAGAGAUAGAAAGCUUCUUGCUAUCUACCUCCACCAUGACGAAAGCGUCCUAACCAACGUCUUCUGCUCACAAAUGCUGUGUGCUGAAUCUAUUGUCUCAUAUCUGAGUCAGAACUUCAUAACCUGGGCAUGGGACAUGACAAAAGAAGCAAACAGAGCAAGGUUUCUGACGAUGUGCACGAGACACUUCGGGAGUGUUGUAGCCCAAACAAUUCGCACUCAGAAGACGGAUCAGUUUCCACUUUUCCUUAUUAUUAUGGGAAAACGAUCGUCUAAUGAAGUAUUGAAUGUAAUACAAGGUAACACAACAGUGGAUGAGCUAAUGAUGAGGCUGAUGGCUGCAAUGGAGAUCUUCAGUGCCCAGCAGCAGGAGGAUAUAAAGGACGAGGAUGAACGUGAAGCCAGAGAAAACGUGAAAAGGGAGCAGGAUGAAGCAUACCGCAUAUCGCUGGAAGCUGACAGAGCAAAGAGGGAAGCACAAGAGAGAGAAAUGGCUGAGCAGUUUCGUUUGGAACAGAUUCGGAAAGAGCAGGAGGAAGAACGUGAGGCUAUCAGGCUUUCUCUUGAGCAGUCUUUGCCUCCAGAACCAAAAGAGGAAAGCACUGAGUCAGUCAGCAAGCUGCGUAUUCGGACACCCAGCGGAGAAUUCUUUGAGCGACGUUUCCUGGCCAGCAGCAAGCUGCAGGUCGUCUUUGAUUUUGUGGCUUCCAAGGGAUAUCCUUGGGAGGAAUACAAGCUUCUGGGCACCUUUCCGAGGAGAGAUGUGACCCAGCUGGAUCCAAAUAAAUCAUUACUGGAGGUAAAACUGUAUCCUCAAGAAACCCUUUUCCUAGAGGCAAAAGAAUAGAUCAGACAAGAUUGUAGGACUAAUCAUCUUUCGACAAGCCAGAGGCACAGCAUCAAGAGGAACACUUCAUCAACACCAUCUUGUACUAUCAUCCACCUCAACUUAAUGUCACAACUUUGCCUCUUGCAAGAAUCCUGAAAAUUUGAAAUAACAUAGCUAAAGUUCCAUAUACAUGAGUAUAUGUUCCAACCUCAUUUAAAUGAGCAGAGGAUAAAAUUCUGCUUUGAACACUGAACAUUAUGACUAUGUUGCUCACUUAUCAUCCAGCUUUUGUUAUAAUUAAUGCACUGUUAAAAUGUGAGUGAUUGUUAAGUAGAAUUUUUACUCCUCAAAUGCCCCUUUUCCACCAAGAAAUCUUGGACAUUUCUGCCUGUACUUUUGACACUAGAAUGCUGUAUAUUUGAUAUCUCGCUGAGCCAGUGCUCUCAUAUAUAUGCAUUUUAUCUCUGUGUUUGAAUUUCUAUUUUGUCACCUAAUUUAAAAAGGCAGAAAAAAAAAAAUAACAGGACAUUCUCAGCCAUGGAAAUUUAACAGUAUUAUAGUAGAAAGCAUAUAAUUUUUGUUAGUACUUUCUGACUUCUUUGAUAAGAUGUAAGGUUUUGUUUGAAGAAUAUAGUUUGACAUAUAUGCGAGGUAUUUAUUUACUGGUUCUGCUUUGGGUCUCAGUUCUGAUUCAUUUAGGAAGUAUUUUCCAUUACAUUGCAGUGUGUGAAACUGCUUAUUGCAUGAUGUGAAUAUUUAAAUAACAUUAGAAAUGGCCAGGACCAGAAAGCUGGUAUCUUGCCAACACUUCAGGAAUCAGCUGAUAUUGAAUAUCAGCUGUUAAAAACCUUUCAAAUACCGGAUACAAAAGUUCUUUAUUUCUCAUUGUGAAAGAAACGGCAGUUCCCAUUUUAGCGGUUUUCCUUCAUUCUGGCGCUUGUUUGUAUCCUAUUACUCUGUUGUUCUAAAGCACCUUCUUUAUUUCAUCAAACAGUGAGUAUCUCAAGAGACGGUGUAAUAAGAAAUCUGCCUUACUAUUGCACACUUUGGACAUUUUAACAAUAGAUUACUGAUCCCAUCUCAAAUUAAAGAAAUCCUAGUUGUGUUGUCUGAAAUGUACGCACCAGCUACCUGCUGUCUGAUGAGGAGAAAUCUGGUACUUUAAAUAUCUCAACCAUGGAACAAGCAUACUGAGUCUAAGAUCAGAAAGUACACUUGAUGCCAAACGUGCAUCAAAACAGGUUGGUUUGGGGGUUUUUGUUUGUUUGUUUCUGUUCUGUUUUGUUUUCAAAGCUGGACUUAUGGGAUAGUGCACCAUAGCACUGCAGAAUUGUCAUCGAUUAAUCAAACUUGUUUGGUAGUGCCUGGCACAUUGUUUUCCACGUGUUUCUGUGUAAUUCACGGUGCUUAUCGUAGCAAGAGUUCUGUUUUGGAAAUUUCAUACUAAGCAAAAAGCAACUGCAUACAUCUUCUAGUCUUUAGUCUUUUCUUUGGAAGGAUGGUGAUAUAAAAUUAUAUGUAUGCCUAUUAUUAGGGUGUUAGUGAAGCUGAUAUAUUGUUACCUUUACCAAAAAUAUAAAUUUCGGAGCAGGGGAAAGCCUUAUUCUACCUUUUGUAAUUCUGUAAUUAGUGAGUGCUACAUCAGACACUUUUAGAAAUGAAUUAUCUGUGACAAACAAAAGGUCUGGAAGUGUAAGCAAGUCUUAACCAUUUGCAGUUCACAAAUAAAAGAAUUCAUAGCCAAUAGAAAGAUAAAUGUAUGUGUAAUGGAAGCCUGAAUGCAGAUGCUUCGUUCUCAACUUUUGUUUUCUUGGUGAAAGAGCCACUAUGUUUAUUAAAUAAGACAUUAGCAUAGGUUGCAAAUUGGGGUGACGCUGUUUCUACAAACAAUCACAGUAACACAUACAGGAGGAUUUUAAAGUGAUGCAUAUCUUUUUUCCUUUUUUUUUUUUUUUGUUUUCAGAUUAGCUCUUCUUUCUAAGCUGCUAUUGAGGAAAGGAGUUGCUGAAAUACUGCUGCAGAAGAAAAGCAGCCUUCCAGCUAACUUGUUUCUAUUAACCUGUUCCAUUUAACUUCUGUUCGAUCUCAUCAGGCUGCUUUCUCUCGUUCAACUUUAUUUCUGUAUUUUGACUUUAUAUUCAUUACUUUGAUACUAGUUUUGUAAAGUUAAUCAAAUGUGACUUGAACAUUUGUUGAACACGUUGAAGUCAGUGCUCCCAGGGGUUGUUAGGCCUUUUUGUUCUAAGACAAGUUAUAGGGCUUUUUUUCCCCUGUUUUGUUCAUACUGAAAAAUACACUGUCGUUAUCAAAACAUUGUGGUGAGAAUUAACUGGACGUGUUGAAAGUGGUGGCGUUACUGCUCUCUGGUACAUCAAUCAGGAGCAGUACAGAAGGUGCAUUCUGCCAAAACAAGUGUAUCACUCAAUUUAAAUAAAGCAUUUAUGAUUUUGGUCCUUAAAUACUGAUUUCAAAAAGCAGAUAUCUAGUCACCUUUCUAAAUUACAUCCUCAGUGCAAACCAUUUUCUGUGUAGAAACGUUAAUAUUCUCUGCCAUUGUUUUCUGCUCUCCUAACCCAUAGUAUUCACUUCAUGUGCUCUGCUGACAUGGCUAAUCCUCUCGUCGUUCUACAGACUAAUUUUCUAAUUCAGUAUUAAGCUAAAACUGUAACACUGUUACUGCAGAAGAUAUCCCUGAUUCUACAUUUUUUAUCUCCAGGUUCCUCACAUUAGUGGAUUAUCAUUAAUGUGAUUAAUGCAUUAGUUUUAAGUCUUAAGGAAUUACUGUUAAUGAAUGGAAUCCUGUACGAUGUGUUGGCUUUCGAUAUUGGCCUUCAGCGCAUGAUGGUGAAGUUGGGGCUGUCUUUGGCUUUUGAAGAAACUUCCUGCCUGUAGACAUUGCUGUUCUAAAUCUCCAUUAGAGAAUGUGCGGAGCACAAGUGUUUGUUGUGUAUUCUCUGCGUAAGCACUCUUCAAUUUAGUGAGAGUACCAAGGGAGUUUCUAAUGGAGCUAUGUUGGGGGUUUGUUUAUUCUUUUUAAUGUAGCAGAAAAGGACUUUGGCUUUCGUAAACUGUACGUACUCGGUGACAUUAGAAAUUUAAAAUAAAUUUGCAAUUACAGUA